AUGGUAUCGACAGUAGAUCGGGGUCAGCCCAGCAGGGACCAAGCGGGACUCCAGACAGCCUUGGGUUUCGCGGCAUCACAGCUAUUCAAGGCUGGAUGUUUUGUUGGAGAUAAAAUCGAUGAGUUAUUCGACGCAUUAAUCCCCAAUGAGACUCCUACAAAUCUCGGCAGAGGCUCGAGUCGGACAUCAAAGGAGUCGACGGUAGAGGACGGCGAAUGGGUGCUCGUUGAGCGGCCUUCAAGAAACGUGUCGCCGCAGAGCGCUGCUAGUAUAAGAGGGAAAUGA